CCCGGGCUGCGGCAUGGCUGAGGCUGGCGCAGGCGGGGCGGGUGCGACGGCUGCGGCCGCCGCAGGAGGAGGAGGAGGAGGAGGAAGCGGCGCGGGCAGCAGCGGCGGCGCUGGAGCGGUGCAGCAGGGCUCCCCAGCCGCCGGAGGGCUGGCCGCUUGCGGACCCGCCCGAGCCGUGAUCGCGGCAGCCGCCGCCGCCACCGCCGAGAGCCCUGCGGCUGUCGCGGGCGGCGGCGGUGGCGGAGGCCCCGGCUCGGCUCGCAUCGCGGGCAAGAAGGCGCAGCUCCGCUCCGCGCCCCGCGCCAAGAAGCUCGAGAAGCUGGGCGUCUACUCCGCCUGCAAGGCUGAAGAAUCUUGUAAAUGUAAUGGCUGGAAAAACCCUAACCCACCUCCCACUCCACCCAGGGCAGACUUGCAGCAGGCAGUUGUGUGUCUUACCGAACCAUGUCGUAGCUGUAAUCAUGCACUUGCUGCUCACGUUUCCCAUCUGGAGAAUAUCUCUGAAGAAGAAAUGAACAGGCUGUUGGGGAUCGUGCUAGAUGUGGAGUAUCUCUUCACCUGUGUCCACAAAGAAGAAGAUGCUGACACUAAGCAAGUCUAUUUCUACUUGUUCAAGCUUUUGAGAAAAUGCAUAUUACAGAUGGGGAAACCUGUCGUAGAAGGAUCUCUGGAAAGUCCCCCAUUUGAGAAGCCUAGUAUUGAACAGGGAGUUAAUAAUUUUGUGCAAUACAAAUUUAGUCAUCUACCAUCAAAAGAGAGACAAACAAUAGAUGAAUUGGCUAAAAUGUUUCUAAAUCGUAUCAACUAUUGGCAUCUGGAGACUCCUUCCCAGCGAAGGCUGAGGUCACCUAAUGAUGACAUUGCUGGCUAUAAAGUUAAUUACACAAGAUGGCUGUGUUACUGCAAUGUUCCCCAGUUUUGUGACAGUCUACCUCGAUAUGAAACCACCCAAGUUUUUGGAAGAACACUGCUGCGCUCCGUCUUUACCGUCAUGAGACGACAACUUCUAGAACAUGCUAGGCAGGAAAAGGACAAGCUUCCUCCUGAGAACCGGACUCUAAUCCUCACACAUUUUCCUAAGUUCCUAUCCAUGUUGGAGGAAGAGGUGUAUAGUCAAAGUUCUCCUAUCUGGGAUUCAGAUUUCAUGGCAUCAUCUUCUCGAACUGCCCAGCUAGGCAUCCAGACAGUUAUUAGCCGUCCUCCGGUGGUAAGGUCUUUCUCAUACAGUUCAAGUCCCUCAUCUCUGGAGCAGCCCAGUGCUGGGAGUUUGAGUCCAGCUUGCAAGGCUGUUUCUGGCCUGGAUCCAAGCCUAGGAGAGAAAAGAAAAAUGAAUGAGCCUUAUUCCGGGGAGGAUGCAAAGAAGCCAAGAGUUGUAGGAGAUAUUCCAAUUGAACUGAUCAAUGAAGUGAUGUCAACCAUUACAGAUCCAGCCGCAAUGCUUGGCCCAGAGCAGACUAAUUUUCUGUCAGCACAUUCAGCCCGGGAUGAAGCAGCAAGGCUAGAAGAACGCAGGGGAGUAAUUGAAUUUCAUGUGGUUGGAAAUUCCCUAAACCAAAAGCCAAACAAAAAAAUUAUGAUGUGGCUGGUUGGCUUACAGAAUGUAUUCUCGCAUCAGCUACCCAGAAUGCCAAAAGAGUACAUUACUCGUUUAGUCUUUGAUCCGAAACACAGGACCCUUGCAUUAAUAAAAGAUGGCCGUGUGAUUGGUGGAAUCUGCUUUCGGAUGUUCCCAUCUCAAGGAUUUACAGAAAUAGUUUUCUGUGCUGUGACUUCUAAUGAACAAGUCAAGGGUUAUGGAACCCAUCUAAUGAAUCAUCUGAAAGAAUACCAUAUUAAGCAUAAUAUUCUCAACUUCCUUACAUAUGCUGAUGAAUAUGCAAUUGGCUACUUCAAGAAACAAGGAUUUUCAAAAGAUAUUAAAGUACCGAAAGCAAAAUAUGUUGGCUACAUCAAAGAUUAUGAAGGAGCAACAUUAAUGGGAUGUGAAUUAAAUCCAAAGAUCCCAUAUACUGAAUUUUCAGUUAUCAUUAAGAAGCAGAAAGAGAUCAUUAAAAAAUUGAUUGAAAGGAAGCAAGCUCAGAUUCGCAAAGUUUAUCCUGGUCUUUCUUGCUUCAAAGAUGGAGUACGACAGAUCCCCAUAGAAAGCAUUCCUGGAAUUAGAGAAACUGGCUGGAAACCAAGUAUUAAAGAGAAAGGUAAAGAACCCAAAGAUCCAGAUCAGCUGUACAGCAUAUUAAAAAACAUUCUACAGCAGGUAAAGAGCCAUCAAAGCGCUUGGCCUUUCAUGGAACCUGUGAAGAGAACAGAAGCGCCUGGAUAUUAUGAAGUUAUAAGGUUCCCCAUGGAUCUGAAAACUAUGAGCGAGCGACUGAAAAACCGGUACUACAUAUCAAAGAAAUUAUUCAUGGCAGAUUUGCAGCGAGUAUUUACUAACUGCAGAGAGUACAACCCUCCUGAGAGUGAAUACUACAAGUGUGCCAAUAUAUUAGAGAAAUUUUUCUACACAAAAAUUAAAGAAGCUGGGUUAAUUGACAAAUGAUGUUGUUUGUCUCUAAUGCAAUCAGUAUGCCUACUUAAGAGCAGAAUAUGCAGUUCAUCUUUCAAUAGAAUUGAAACUUGUGUUAAAGAUAUUUGUUUUAUUAACUAGCACUUUUAAAAAUGUAAUAUAGAGAGUUUAUUUUAUUAAAGUACUUUUUAAAUGUACACCUGCAUGCUCUUUUGCAGUGUAUUCAAUAAUACAUUUUUAUUAGAUGUAUUGCACAAAACUGUUUGGAAAUUUGGAAAGGGAAAUUUUUUCCAAGCAGUGAAUGUUUAAACUUAACGUAAUGCAGUAUCAAAUUGUAAAAAGCUUUUUUAUUUUUUACAGCACAGAUACUAAUGAAGGGGAAAAUGAAUUUUAUAUAUAUUUUAAUGAAACACUCAACUACAAGAAGGUGCUAUGAGAAUAUUAGAAAGAACUGCUCUAAACUAUAAAAUCCCUUAAUAGGUGCAAAUUUUUUUUUUUUACUCAUUUUAUUUGCAACCACUACGUCAAAGGAAAUCUGUGUCAUGCCGACAUCGGUUAUUAUAUAGGUCAUAAAUUCCAAAAAGGACUUCAAAAUCUGUGGUAACCAUAAGAGCCAUAUACUCUUCUAUACUGUUUUGUAGAGCCAACCGAAGCAUAUUUCAAAUGAAGAAUCAUCUUUUCUAUUACCGUGCCCCAAUCUGGCAAUAACAUGCCUGCAUUAGGAGUUUUAUAUACUUGGAAAAGUCACUCUAAUAAUAAAUUCUCACUGUAGCUGCUGCAGUGGGUGAGUGGAAGGGGCAGAUCCAAAGAUUUUUACACAAAUCAGCCAGUACUAGAUGCAAUGAGUAAGCUAAGCAAUGUUCACAUAACCAAACUAGUGCAAUGUGAUUUUUGGUACUCCUAUGUAGAGCAUAUUGCCUUCCUAGAAGUUUUGAAAAUGAAAACAUUUUUAUUAUGCAAACACUGUACUAGUUGAACAUAACUUUCCUAUCACAACUAGGGGUGUGCGCUUUGGGUUUCCCACCCAAAUUGGGCCCAAUUUGGAAAGAUUCAGGGUUCCUAAAUGGGCCCCAGCAUUGCUGAGUCAAUACAAGAAUCCCAAAACAAAGAGCAACACUUUUCUUGCCACUUGCAAGCGGCAAGAAAAGUGUUGCUUUUAAAUGCCCUCCGCUUUUUUCCGCUUAUGGGAGGAUCCCCCUCCCAUCAGCUGUAAAGCUGAGGGCAUUUGAAAGCAACACUUUUCUUGCCAAUGGCAAACGACAAGAAAAGUGCUGCUUUGAGCAGCAUUUAAACACCCAAAUCCUGAAUUGUUUUCCUGCUUUGGGUAAACCUGAAGUGGGAAAUCUGAAUAUUUUUGGGGUUCACACCUCUAAUCACAACUCUCUCCACCCUAAUCCCUGUUCCCACUCAUAGAAAACCAAUCAUAAGGGCUAGGAUCUCUGGUUGUAGGAUGAAGUACAGGACUGAAGUCAGAAGGGAAACUGACAAAUGCAUCCCACCCCAACCGUUAUGUAAAUUGCAAAAGAGCUUUUUAAAGUUGGGAGGAUUUCUGUUAAUUCCCCUUUCACUGCAGCCCAUGGAGGUGGGAAGCUGCAGUGAAAGGGAAAGUACUAAAAUCCCUUCUGAAAAUGUCCUUACUUGCAAUCCUGUUAAGGAUUCAAGAAAUUGUCUCUUAAAUUAGAGCCCUAGCUCACACUUCAUACUUUGGAGCAUCCUCCUGCUAGGUUAACUUUGUAUCAUAUAUUACUUUAAUUAAACUGGGUUUCCAGCUACAUUUUACAAUAAACUUAUUAGCAUAUUAUUAAUGAUCACUGCUAUAUUUUCAUAACUCCUUACAUUAUACAUAGGAGAUACACUUCCGUUCAUGUCAAUGGGGUGUGAAGGAAAUAUUCACUAACUACUCUUCUAUUUCAACACACAUGGGCAGUAGAUGUCUCCCAAAUGCUGGGAAGAAAGAGCAAAGAAGGACACAUCAUGGUAGAGGUGGACCGCUUCUCCUGUGUUUAUAAAAUGCUAGUUGUGGGUUAAAGCUUCAUGCUGUUUUUAGACAUGCUAUUUCACUAGAAAAGUGGCAAAUUGCAUUUCAAUAGAAUUACCCAUUUUUACAAAAUGCCUAUGAGAGUGUUCCAUCCUCCAAAUACAUGACCCUUGCUAGAAGGAAAUGGGUCCAAAAGCUAGUAAAAAUGGUAACAUAGAAAUGCCUUAGUGCUUUAUAUCAAAUCAGUCAGAUUUAUUUGGCUUUGUAUUUAAGGUACAAUGAUGCAACUGUGUAUUAGAAUAUGUAAGUAGUAAUUUUCAAGUAUUUUGUAAAUUGGGCCAAAAGAAUCACCUCUUAAAGCUUGAUAUCCUGUGAAAGUGUUACUUUCAAAGAUUCUUAUUGUCUUGAACUUAGAGUCUCUUCUAUAUUGAAAACAUUGGUUUCUAAUUUAAAGAUUAUUUUCAUAGAUAUUGUGCAAUAAAGCUAUAUAUAGUAUGAUGUUUUAAAAAUGCUUUAACUGAAACUUUACAUUUAUAAAUUUAUUUAUUGUACUGGUAUGAAUUGGUUUUAAAUUAUAUGUAUAAAACUAAUCUUGUGA